AUGUCCAAUAAACCUCCAGCUAAAGCGGGUUACUGGUACUUCGGUGGCCUAGCGAGUGCUAUGGCUGCUGCUGUCACGCAUCCCUUGGAUUUGUUAAAAGUUCAUCUCCAAACUCAACAAACAAAAGAGUUUGGCAUGAUCAGAAUGGGAGUGAGGGUCUUUAAGAGUGAUGGUAUUCUGGGGCUUUAUAACGGUCUCAGCGCCUCCCUUCUCCGACAACUCACGUACUCAAUGACACGUUUUGGCGUCUACGAGUCCUACAAGAACUCCGUUGGAAGAAAGAUGACUUUUGCUGAGAGCGGUGGUGUCGCCAUGUUCGCUGGCUUCGUCGGUGGUAUAGUGGGUAAUCCCGGUGAUAUGGUGAAUGUCAGGAUGCAGAAUGAUGUGAAGGUUCCUCCGGCUCAGCGUAGAAAUUACAAACAUGCCAUCGAUGGGCUCUUCCGUGUAGCUCGUGAGGAAGGUAUUGGCGCUCUGUUCAACGGCGUUUCCAUGACUGCAACUCGAGCCACGUUUAUGACAUUCGGACAGUUGGCUUUCUACGAUACCUUCAAAAUGAUGCUUCUAGCCACCGGUUUCUUCCAUGAUAAUCCUGUCACUCAUUUUUCUGCUUCUAUCGGCGCAGCUGGUGUCGCUACCUGCAUGACUCAACCAUUUGAUGUCAUGAAGACGCGAUUGAUGAACGCCCCACCCGGCAAAUAUUCGGGUCUGGCUGCUUGCGGUCUUGACGUGUUGCGCACAGGCCCACUAGGUUUUUUCAAGGGUCUUGUUCCUGCUUUCAUUCGUCUUGGUCCGCAGACGGUCCUCACCUUUAUAUUUUUGGAACAGUUGAAGGCUAACUUCGGCUACAUCCCUACCGACAUUGCAAAGCCGAAGGCGUAG